UUAUUUGUAGAAGCUGUGCAUGUGAGCUCCGUCUUUGUACAAUUAUACUCAGUAUGCUGAUAUGACAAUACUUAUCAAGGCCGCCAGAAGGCAGCUGGACAGUACAGUAACAGUAGCAGCCUAACUCAAGAUAGAGAACGCAUUUCCUGCGCUUCAGUUAUAAUUGUCAGAUUCAGAUUUCAAAGAUGAAGAGAUGGGUGGCCAUCGUUGGCCCAGCAAUAUUUCUUUUCUCGUGUGCAUGGAUGUACCUAAUGAUGGAAGUUCGGGAUCCCGACCGUCCGACAACAACCAUGAAACCCUACUUGGCCCAGCAGUUGAAUACAGUCAUCGAGAGCAUUGACAAGGACUUCAAGGAGCUGGAAAAGGAGAAGAAUGAUUUGGCUCGGCAGCUGACUCACGCCAUGGCCAAGAAUCCCAAACUGGCAGCUAUGGUCAAAGAGACUACUCGUCCACUGGAGCAGUCGAUAAGCCAUGACCAGCAGCAGCAGCAGCAGCAGCAGCAGCAAGGUGCUCCCACUGGCGUUGGCGCAGUGGACGAUGCGGUCAAGAAGCGAGAAGUGGCAAUGCCCGCCCUUAGCCGCCCAACAUUCAAGUUUGUCCAGCCUGUUGCCAGUGGCGAUGUAUGCAGUGUGACGAAUGCCAUGCCGUCUAAAACCGGCAUCAAGAUGGAUGAGUUUCUUGAGAAAGAAGACUUUGCAGAUAUCGAUGGCGGCGUAUGGAAACAGGGUUUUGAAUUAUCAUACUCGAUGUCUGAUUUCGACAAGGAGCCCUUACACGUGUUUGUUGUCCCUCAUUCUCACAACGACCCAGGCUGGCUGAAAACUGUUGAAGGCUACUAUGAAGCGCAGACACGCUCUAUCUUGAAUAAUAUUGUUAACUUUCUUUCGGAGAAGAGCGAUAGGAAGUUCAUCUGGGCUGAGAUGUCCUACUUGUCCAUGUGGUGGAAUGAGCAAGGCGACAAUAUGAAGGAGAAAUUCCGCAAGCUUGUUCGAAACAAGCAGCUGGAGAUCGUGACGGGAGGGUGGGUGAUGAACGAUGAGGCCAACACACACUACUUUGCCAUGAUCGACCAGAUGAUUGAGGGCCACGAGUGGAUACGGCACAACGUUGGCGAAAAUAUCAUCCCGUCCAGUGGCUGGGCUAUCGAUCCGUUUGGCCACUCGCCGACGAUGGCCUACAUCCUGAAGCGCAUGAAGUUCGAUUUCAUGCUGAUCCAGCGCACCCACUACAUUGUCAAGAAGCAGUUCGCGCGCCAAAAGAGCCUGGAGUUCAGCUGGAAGCAGACCUGGGACUCUACCCAGGGCAACACGGACAUGUUGACGCACAUGAUGCCGUUCUAUUCCUAUGAUGUCCCUCACACCUGUGGACCCGACCCCAAGGUUUGCUGUCAGUUUGAUUUCCGGCGCUUAGCUGGUGGAAAGUUGACGUGUCCCUGGCGUAUCAACCCAGUUCCAAUCAACGAUGGGAAUGUGGAGGCUAGAGCAGAAAUGCUGCUGGACCAGUACCGCAAGAAGUCUCGGCUGUUCCGCACCAACGUGCUGCUAAUUCCCCUAGGCGAUGACUUCCGCUAUGACCUGGUCAUGGACGCGCAGAACCAGUUCAACAACUAUGAGGCUCUUAUGACGUACAUCAAUAACACACCUCGACUGAAGGCAAAGGUUCAAUUUGGUACUCUGAGUGAUUACUACAAUGAGCUGAUCAAGAGAGCGGGCAAAGAUGCCAGUGGCCUUCCGAAGGACUUCCCGUCUGUCGGCGGUGAUUUCUUCACGUACACCGAUCGUAAUGAUGACUACUGGAGCGGGUAUUUCACGUCACGACCGUUCUACAAGAAUCUGGACCGGGUUCUCGAAACCACACUCAGGGCGUCCGAGCUGCUCUUCUCCGUCUCUCACGCCCUGGUGGCGCAGACGUCUGGCAAGGUGGAGUUUGACAGCGGUGCUGCAUUCUCCGACCUGGUACAGGCGCGGCGCACCGUUGGUCUCUUCCAGCACCAUGACGGCAUCACAGGGACGGCGCGUAUGGAGGUAGUCGUCGACUACGGAAAAAAGUUAAUCAAUGCCUAUCAUGGUCUGAUGGGUAUGAUGCGCAACGCAGUGUCUGCCUUCCUGCAGGCCAAGGCCGCUGUGAAGGUCACCCUAUCUGAGACUUCCGCUCGUCCAGCCCAUGACUCACUCGAAACGCUGACGGUCAUUGAUAUGGCCAGUGCACCGCGGCUUGUCACUAUUUACAAUCCUCUGGCGCGGGCACGCACCUCCGUUGUCCGCCUGCUGGUCAACGACAGAAAUAUCGAAGUGGUCAAUUCCGACCUGAAACCAGUCCCGUUCCAGCUGAGCCCGUCCUGGCAAACGGCCGACGAGCCUGACAAGAUCAACUUUGAGAUAUUGAUCAAGGUCUUCGCUCUACCGCUAGGUGUCACAUCUCUGCUACUGCGCAAGACGUCCACAGCCGCCAGCCUGGCUUCCACCACACUUCUCUCCUCUACCAAGAGCAAUCCGGAGUUCAACGUGAAUGCCGGCAGUGCAAGUGCGUUCUCCGUCGAAAACUCGCAGUACAAACUGGACUUUGACACCAAGGGCAUGCUCAAGAGUAUCUUCACCAAGUCUUCACAGACCACCACCAACGUGGCGUUGAAAUUUCUCGUGUACGGUACCGUCAUCCGUCCAGGACACAAGCCUGGCGCGUAUCUAUUCUUUCCCGCAGGACCUGCUGAGCCUCACGGUCAUGAUGUCAAUCCAGUGGUGCGGGUGGUGCGUGGCUCAUUGUGUAACACAGUGAGUGUCCAUUGGCCGCAGAUCACCCAUCACCUCAGCAUCUACAACAUCGACGGCCUGGAGAGCUUUGGCAUUGAUAUCGAGAAUAUCGUGGACAUCACACAGCACAACCAGAAGGAAUUCAUCAUGCGCCUGGAGACAGACGUGAAGCCCACAGAUGCAGUCUACUACACAGAUCUCAACGGCUUUACAAUGCAGAAGCGGAAAUACAAUGGCAAACUGCCGACGCAAGGCAACUUCUACCCACUGCCGGCGAUGGCAUUCCUAGAGGACAGUAGACAGCGUCUAUCACUUGCUUCUGCUCAGCCGCUCGGCUCGAGUAGUCUACAGCCAGGCUGGCUUGAAGUGGUUCUGGACCGGCGUCUCAUGCAAGACGACGACCGUGGCCUGGGCCAGCCAGUCACCGACAACAAACCGACAAAGUCCUCAUUCCGCCUGCUGCUCGAACAGAAGCCAGCUGCUGCUGAAGAGACGGCGGGCAGUGCACAUGCAACACUGAUGGCCAACAUGCUCUUAGAGCUGUUCAUGCAUCACCCAAUCAGCUACGUCUCCAGCAGUCCUUACACUGACCCCACCGUACCAGCCCCACUGUCAGGCAUUGCUCAGGCCGGUCUACCAUGCAACUUAUUCAUGGUCAACCUGCGUACUCUACAGAAGGAGGGCGGCAGUGGACUGCCGCAGCCUGGCUCACACCGCGCACUGCUCGUCCACAACAAGGGCUUUGACUGUCGCUACGCUGUUCCGGAUUUCUGCAUGACGACAAACUCUCAGGUGAACCUAGGUGCCCUGUUUGAAGGUCUGCACCUGCGUAGUGUGCAGAACGUCUCUCUGUCACUGGCACAUCGGCACAACGACGUCAGCCCGUUCACGCCCGUCAGCAUUCGACCGCUGGAGAUCGAAGCCUACAACCUAGAACUGUAGUAGCAGUAGUGGUAGUAUCUGUGUGAUGUCAUCAUCCAGUGAUGGCGUUUGCACUGUUCAGCUGCAGCAGCUAACUUUAUGAGGUGUGCAGAUGCUCCUGGAGUAGCAGGUACUUCGCCUGCUUCUCUUCAGUUUAGGUACGAGCAGCCGCUGUCACUAUCCAAGUGUGCGUGUUCUAAUGAACAACCGCUAUGCAGUCUGCCGCUACACUGCAGUGGCGGCGGCGGCGUGUGUUCAGUAGUGGAGUGCGUCGCUGCCAAACCUCGCCGGCCAACGCCGCUGCCACUGCAUGCAGUGUGCGGUCGGUUAGUUAGCGUUGCCAUGCGAGUGUGUGACCACGUCGUCGUACCCAGCAGUAAGGUAAACACUUCGAUCACACUACUAGUACUAGUGCUCUCGUGUAGUCCUUCAGUACAUCACUUACUUGACUUGGUCUGCUGGUACUACUGUCACAGUACUGAUCUCAUCAUCCCUGUUGUAUCCGCCGCUUCCAUGCCUACCAAGUCUGCUGCUACUACUACUGCUGCUGAUAUUGCUAGAAACAACAGCGUGCUGUUCCAGACGAGGAGGGUCAGUGGUGGAGAACCCCUGUAGUUGAUUGCAUUUGUUUUAGGCUACUACCGUGUACUUGCAUUCGCUUUCAGAAGAGUCGAGGGAGACACCUAGGUAGAAUGCUUCUUUGAAGUAGUAGAUGCCCCUUUUUCCCAAAGAGUAGUAGUAUUAAUCUGUAUUUUGCUUCUAUUUUCUUGUUAAUUUUAAAUGCUGCUGGCAAUGAAGUCGAUGAAUGAGCUUUAUAACAGCCGUCCAUCACCCCGUUUUUUUAUUGAUCCAAUUCGGUCACCUCCCUUCCCUUCAUUGAUCCAUUUCGCUUUCUCCACACUAGCGAGUAGUGAGUAGUGAUGUGCCGUUUAGUAGUUA